AUGAGCUGUGCUGCGAUACUUAAGCCGCUGAAUCUGCAGCCGCUGAAGCUGCAGCAGCAGCAGCAGCAGCACUUUGCUGGGUGGAAGUACAGCAACAGCAGCAGCAGCAGCAGUAGCACCAACAGCAGCAGCAGCAGCAUCAGCAGCAGCAGCAGCAGCAGCAGCAGUAGCACCAACAGCAGCAGCAGCAUCAGCAGCAGCAAGAACAGCCAAUUCUUGCAGCAGCCCUUUUGCUUUCUCCAUUCGCGCGAGCCCUUGCAGCUGCUGCUGCAGGCCCUCGCAGCCUCUCAAGCGUUAGCAAAUCUCACACGCGAGAAACAGCAGCAGGAGCAACAGCAGCAGGAGCAGCAGAAACCGACGCCACAGCAGCAGCUGCUGCAGCAAAGCCAAGAAAACCAGCAGCAGCAUCAGCAGCAGCAUCAGCAGCAGCAGCAGCAGCAGCAGCAGCAGCAGGACAGGAGUUAG